CGCCGCCAGCGCCUGCUGACCAAGGGAGAGGAGAAGAGGGUCUUGAUUUCCCUCACUGCUCGCACAUUGUUGCAAUUCUUUUUUCCUCUUCUUGCUCGUAUUUGUUCCGAAAAGCCCGCUGUGUGCGCACUGUCACUCGUUCCAGUCGUUCCAGCCGUUCCUAAUCAUGCAUACCCGCGCAAGUCUUUUCGCCGGCCUGGCUCUUGUGUCCAGCGCCUUGGGCAGAGUGAAAUACGUGGGCGUCGCCAUUCCUGGCUUUGACUUUGGCUGUGACAUUGAUGGCAGCUGUCCGCUGAAUGACAUCGUCAACCCCCCUUUGCCUGAGCUCGGGGGAGGCGACGGCCCGGCACAGAUGAAGCAUUUUGUCGAGAAUGACGGCUUCAAUGUUUUCCGUCUUCCCACUUCGUGGCAGUACAUCGUCAACAGCGUCCUCGGCGACCUGGAUGCGAACAACUUUGGCUAUUACGACAAACUCAUGCAAGCCUGUCUCGGCACGGGCGCCUACUGCAUGAUUGAUCUGCACAACUUUGCGCGAUUUGACGACGGCAUCAUCGGUCAGGGAGGACCUUCAAACGAGGUCUACGCCGAUCUCUGGACCCAACUCGCCCACAAGUAUGCCAAAGAGGACAGGGUCAUCUUCGGCCUCAUGAACGAGCCCCACGACCUGGACAUCAACCUCUGGGCAGACUCCUGCCAGGCGGCCGUCACCGCCAUCCGAAAGGCCGGCGCCAAGGACCAGAUGAUUCUUCUCCCCGGCACCAACUUUGCGAGUGCCGAGACCUUCGUGUCGACCGGUAGUGCCGAUGCCCUCGGCGCUGUUUCGAACCCUGACGGCAGCAAGGACGGCCUUUACCUGGAUCUCCACAAGUACUUGGAUGAGAAUAACUCAGGAACCUUUACCCAAUGCACGACGGAUAACGUGGCGGGUUUCACAACCAUUGCUACGUGGUUGAGGAAGAACAAGCGCAAGGCCAUGAUCUCGGAAUCGGGAGCAUCCAUGGACCCUUCGUGUAUGGAGAAGUUCUGCACCCAGAACAAGUUCAUCGCCGACAACUCCGACGUGUUCGAGGGCUUUGUCGCCUGGGGAGCCGGCAGCUUCGGCUUCGACUACGUCUUGACCCUCACGCCAUCGGGCUCACCUGGCGAUUACACCGACAACAAACUGAUGAAGCAGUGCGUCAUCGCUCCCUUCCUCAAGGACGCGCCCAAGGAGACUUCGACCUCGGCCAAGGCGACUCGCACCAAGACCUCGCAAUCCAAGACAUCGGAAGCGACCUCGUCAGCCACUCAUAAAUCGGCCGAGUCUACCCAGCGGGUGUUCAAGGAGGAGACGAGCGCUGCGGCGCCGUCCUCGACUGCAACCGAGCCCCCCACGAGCAAUGCGGCUACGUCAGACAACAGUUCAAAAGACGACAAGUCGGCUGGUGCUCGAACCCAGGUUGUCACGGGCGGCCUUCUGUUCGCAGCGAUUGCGCUAUUUCACACCGGGCUGCGCUUCUUUUAAUCGACCUGAACAUACUUUUAGAAGCUAGACGGAGCAUAUUACACUAAUUUACGUAGACAAAUUAUAGAAUAAUACAUACAUGACGCAGCAGGCCAGCAUUUGUAUUACGGUCAAAUAUUAUCUCUUUCUAUCGGGGCUGCGAG